GGGUUAAAAAACUUAAUCCAAGCUGCUGAUGAUAUAGGAAUUCACCAAAUGAUUCGAAUAUCAGAACUGCUCACCUCUGUUGAAUGUGACCUUCUUCACAAAAAGCUUACUCACCCUGAGAAAGACAUUAUGAAGGAUAUUGACCAAAUGUCGGAGGAAAAUGACAAUUUAUUCAAGACCCGGAAACGCAGAGAAAUCACCAAUAUUGAAGAGUGUACUGAAAUUCUGAUUGACUGGUUGAGGAACGAAGGUGACAGCAUGUAUUGGGAUCGAUUGUCUCGAGCACUGAGACAGGUUGGUCGUGAAGAUGUUGAUAAAGAACUGCGGAAGAACAUGAACCAGGACAAGACUUUGGAAGUGAAUAAGAAUGUUGAAGAAUAUGGUAAAAUAUUAAAGCAGGCCCACUCCUCCCUAAUUGUGACUGAUGAUGAGAUUAACAUCGGAGACAGAAAUCGAGACAAACGUAGUGAAUUCCUUGAAAUUAACUGGGAUGAGUUGGAACUGAUUGUUGAAAUGGAAAAACUUCCACCUUAUCCAAGAAAACUCACUGAAGGAUUCAGGACAGUUCUUUGGGGGGUGUUUUUUGGGUUUGUUGGUUCCACUUUCUUGGGUGCCAUCAGUCUAUAUUUUAUCAUGAAAAUAACAGAGAAAGACUAUAUGGAGAUAAUACGUCGGUCAAAUGUGCUGCACCGCAUCAAACGCAGAAGAAAACCAGUACGACGCAUAGUCUAUUCUUCAGACGAUGAAAACACUCAUGUGGACAAAUCACCUAAACACUUCAGACAGUACUUUCUUCCCUUUCGUACAACAAAUUAUGCACGAGAAAAGAUAAAACCAAAUAGGUCGACAAACUAAAAUAAUUUCAUACACCAUGUAAUGCUAAAGAAAAUCUGGAUAUUGUAAAUUUUUAUCUUGUCUGAUCACUUCAUUUCACCAUACUGAAGAAAGUUUUCCCUUCCACAGAGAAGAAUAGAAUUCCAAUAUUUUGGUCUUAUGUAUUUCUUACCCUGGAUACGGGAAUAAAAACCAGUAAA